CCGGCGGCUCGAUCGCCCUCCCCGAGCCCCGGCUGCUGCGCCGCGAUGGGCAGAACGUCCCCAGUGGCCGGGCUGGGGUCGGCUGCGGAAGGGACUUCCCUCACAACCCCAGGCAUGAGCGCUCUGGGGCUGCAGGAGGGCGAUGAAGCCGCAAGCGGUGUCCUUGAUUAACGCACAGGUGCUCGGGGCUCCCAGCUGGGAGGUGAGGGGUGCCCUUACCCACCUCCCAGAGCCGAGGGACUGCCCUCAGCCCAGCCAUGAUCCCGCUCCAGCCAGGCCGCCCCAUGUGCCGUCGCUUCAUGGAGGAGCGGCUCCCGCCGACCGCCCUGCCCGGGGAGGAGGUGUCGGUAACUCAAGGAAGGGAAGAUACGUCUCAAACCCGUGGUGGGAAGGAAGAGGAAAGGAAUUGACACACAGGAGUGUUCCAAACAGAACAGAAAGAUAUGUCUUCAUCAGUGCAACUCUUCAGAGAUCAGAAGUACCACGAGCUGAAAGGUCAGUGUACACAGCAGAGACGGCUCUUCGAAGAUCCUGAGUUCCCAGCCUCAGAUGAGUCCCUUUUCUACCAGUCAGCAUCACGGAGGAAAGUUGAGUGGAAGCGCCCAAAGGACCUCUGUGAAGAUCCCCACCUCUUUGUGAAUGGAAUCAGCUCCCAUGACUUACACCAAGGCACCUUGGGGAACUGCUGGUUUGUGGCUGCAUGCUCCUGCUUGGCUCUGAGGAAGACCCUCUGGCAGCAGGUGAUUCCAGACUUUAAAGAACAAGAAUGGGACCCAAAAAACCCGGAGAAAUAUGCUGGGAUUUUCCGUUUCCGUUUCUGGUGCUUUGGAGAAUGGACAGAGGUGGUGGUUGAUGAUCUGCUGCCAACGAUGGAUGGGAAGUUGAUCUACUGCCAUUCCAAUGUGAAAAAUGAAUUCUGGAGUGCAUUGUUGGAGAAGGCUUAUGCAAAGCUGGCUGGAUCUUAUGAGGCCCUGGAUGGAGGCAGCGCUGCAGAUGCAAUUGUGGAUUUCACUGGAGCAGUGGCAGAAUCUAUUGACUUGGUACAGGGCAAAUAUGGAGAGAUUAUUUCUGAGCAGAUGAAGCUGUUUGAAGACUUGCUGAAAGUGCAUAAAAGAGGCGGGUUGAUCAGCUGCUACAUUGCGGCUUCCUCUGGCAGUGCCAGUGAAGUGGAGACAGAGAUGGGUCUUAUCAUCGGCCAUGCCUACUCAGUGACUGCAAUUCGGAAGCUGCACCUUGGAGAGAGGCUCAUAUUCUCUUUUAAGGCAGAAAAGCUGUUCAUGAUCAGGCUGAGGAAUCCCUGGGGAAAAAGAGAGUGGAAUGGCGCAUGGAGUGACAGUUCCGAGGAGUGGAAGAAAGUCAGCAAUUCAGAACGUAAGAGUUUGGGACUCACUCUUGAGAAUGAUGGAGAGUUCUGGAUGACGUUUGAGGACUGGUGUAAGAAUUUCACUGAUGUGGACAUCUGCCGGAUUGUGAAUACCUCCUACUUCAGCAUCCACAAGACCUGGGAGAAGAAAAUGAUGCAUGGGGCUUGGGCAAAGAAUUCAGAGCCCCUGUUAAAUCGCUCUGGUGGAUGCUUUGAUAACAAAGAGACCUUCCUUCAGAAUCCCCAGUACAUCUUUGAUGUUAAGAAGACUGAGGACAAAGUGUUGGUCUCCUUACAACAGGAGGAUCGCCGCAAAUACAAGAAAGAAGGGAAAGGGGACAGCAUCCCAAUUGGCUUUGAAAUACUAAAGGUGGAGGAUAACAGAAGCUAUCGACUACACAGGCUGACUGUGCAGGAGAGAGUGGCCACAUCUCCGUACAUCAACAUGCGCACUGUGUUCUUGAAGAGGAUCCUCAAGCAAGGCCGCUAUGUCCUUAUCCCAACUACCUAUCAUCCUGGCAUUGCUACAAAAUUUAUCCUGAGGCUCUUCACAGAUGUGCCAUCAAAACUCAGGGAGCUGAAGGCAGAUAAGCCUAAAAUGACAUGUUGGAGUCUUCUCUGCGGCUAUCCACGCAGAGUCACCCAGAUCAAAAUUCACUCUGCAGAGGGCUUACAGAAGCAAGACAGAUCAGGUGGAGCAGAUCCCUAUGUGCUUAUCAAGUGUGAGAACCAGAAGGCGCGCUCCCCUGUGCAGCACGAUACCACCAGUGCCAUCUUCAACACACAAGUGAUUUUCUACAGGAAGAACAUUGACAGCCCUGUCAUUGUCCAGGUCUGGAACAGCAACAUCUUGUGUGACCAGUUCCUCGGGCAGGCGGUGCUGGCAGCUUCACCCAGUGACCCCAGAGAAGAGCAGACUCUGCAGCUCCGAGGGAGAGGCGGGCGGGCAGCAGCCGAGGUGCCAGGUCGCAUCACCAUCAAGGUUUUUUCCAGCGAUGACCUUGUGGAACUAUGAAUACCAAAGCCCUGCAGAGCCAGAGAGAGCUGUCACUGCACAGCAGGGGGGCUUGUCUGUGCUUUCUGUGUGAAUGACUCGGGAGCAAAGGUGGCACAUAAUCAUAAUCGCUUUAAAAAGGAAAAAAACCCUCUAACUCGCCACAUUAUCAUGGAUAAUGGGGUUGAGGGGCUUUUAAAGAGGGGAAAAAUACAUCUUUAUACAUAUAUAUGUUCAUGAUACAGCAAAUACAGUAAAAGAGGGGCCAAACUAAAUGUUAGCAGAUAAGCUCAUUAGGAUGUGACCAUCUUCCCCAGCAGCAUCUUUCAGGAGCUCUUGGCACAUAGGCUGGAAGCACAUGUGACCGUUCUCACAGGUUCCCAGCACAUCGUCAUCUGUUCUCAGCAGUGGGACUGGAGGAAGCAGGAAUGGCUGCAUCUCCAUGGUCACAUACCAGCAGGUUGGUGGGGUGGCAAGCACAAGGUGGAUUGGCAUCGCUCAGUUCUUGUUCGCUGCCAGGCUGUAUUUGGGAGGAGGAUUUUUUCAGCUUUGAUUGGAUUUUUUUUCCUCUGUACAGGGAUAUAAAAUUUCUGUUAUUGCUUCAGAUGAGAUGUUUCUGUUCCUCAGUGAAAAUGUCAUUACUGAAGGAGUUCAGCCAUAGGUCAUAGCAGUAAGACCAGGCAUGUGAGAUCAACAUUCAAACAGAAGUGCAGGUCUUGCAGUGCCUAUUUGAACACCACAGCAGAGAAGAGCUUUGCCCAUAUAGAGGCUUUCAGAUUGACUUUUAUGUUCUUUUAUUCUCCACCUCAAGCUGAUGACUCACAAGUUGAGAAGGGCACCUCACGGUUCAGCUGUGGUUUUGCUCAGAGGACAAAUUCAGUAAUGGAAGCUUCCUUGCUAGGGAGGCUUUGUUUGAUCCACGUGAUGCUAAAAAUGGAGUAAGAUUCCUUUUGUUUCACUAGAUGUGGUGGGUAGCACCAGACUGAAAGAGGCCAAAAUUAGCUUCUGAUGAGGAUGGGUUUGUAAAGAUGCUGUGCCCUGGCAGGUACCAGGUAUCACUCUUGAAAUUCAGCAUCCGUUUAUUGCUGACAGAGCUGAGGUCUUUGAUGAAGUUUAACUUGAGUGUAAUGGAGGACAGGUAUUGUUUCACAUUUCCUUCAAAUCAGGGCUCUGGUACAGACUUUGCUUUAACUUUGCAUGUGGCAGGGAUUCCUCCUAGCACGUAUUUCUGUGUUGUAAGGCUGUGCAGUGAUUUGGCAGUGUAAAAGAGGCUCGCUGUGUUAGACCUCUUGGAAGUGGAUUUUACGUGGUUGCAAAUUCUGGUCUUGAAAGUGAAGCUAAAGGAUGACUGCUCUGCCUUGUGGACAGCCAGGAACUGUGGAUUUCUGUGUAUCUCAUAACCACUGCAGCCAUUUUGUGCAAUUUUGAUGACUUAUAAAAUGGCCCUCAGCAGAGUUAAUGUUUUUACCAAAGGUUUUGAAGUCUCCUUAGGGGCUCCAAAAGGCUCUUUGCUGUGGUAGGAAAAUGCUUUCUCUGACAUGUUGGAGAUGGCAUAUAAGGCUAUGAAUGAUACUACACUGCCAUCAGCGUAGUUGCAUGUACCAAGUAACUAAAUCCAGCUCAUUUUUUAAAUAGCUUGGGCUCAAGCUGUUUGGCACACAGAGCAUUUGUCAGAUGUGAACUACAUGCGGUUGGCAGCCCACAGGCAAGUGUAAUUCUUUGCCAUAGAGAAGUCAUAGCUUCAGAGUCCUUCCUCUCAGAUAUGUUUGUAAGCUGCAAUUUCUCAACAACCCCAUGGACUUUCUCAUGCAGACCAGAGCUCAGGCAAGCCACACAGGGAGCUGCAGCUUGGUAUGGUCCUAGGUCCUAUGGUCUCUUGUCCUAGCCCUGUACUAAGUUUGGUUUGCUUUUCCUCACACACUAUUUCAUGUCAUGGUAGCUGCUUCUCAGCAGUGUGGCACGCGGGGUGACUGCAGCCCAUUGGCACACCUUCACCAUUGGGUGGAGAGCACCGUGCUGGCAUUCCAGCAUGGUUAAAGCCCCUCACUGCAGUUUGUAGGGCAACAACGUGUGCAGGAGAGAAUGUUGAGGCAGAGGAAAAUAAGUCAUGUUGUAUAACCCCCAUUUCAGAUAGAUUUUUAUUUAAGGGCUGUUGUGUAUGAGAUGUAAAAAGGUGAUGAUUUUUA